AUGGAUUUGUCAAAUUAUAUCAUGGCUCCCCCUGCGGUAAGUGCUACUAGUGCCUCUGCUGCUUCAAACAGUAUUAUCAAUCACUCUACAUUGACCAAUGCCAACAACACCUCGAUGAAUUCCUCUUCAACUCCAACAACUAGCAAUAACACGUCUCCGUUACACUUGUCUUCCAUUUUGCACACCUUAUCAUUAGACGACCCAACCCCCAUUUCAAACACAAAUAGCCACAGCAUCAACAGUAACAACAACAACAACAACAACAACACUACUAAUACGCACAACAAUGCCACUACCACCUCUAUCAAUAAGUACAUCUUGAAAAUAUACAACGUCCCCUUGGACAUCACUUUAAGACAAGCUUAUUCUCUAUUUGCCUUGGCUCAAGACAUCAUUAUCGAGAAUAUUCAACUGAAACCCUUGUCUGCUCCUUCUCCAUCGUCUAUUUCAAAUACUACAAGCACUUCCGGUGUCUUAUCCUCCUCUGCAAAUACCUCUUCUUCGGCAUCUUCUAUCACAAGCACUACAUCUAAUAAAAUUAAUGGUAAUAAUAUUAAUAAAAAUAGUUUAGACGCUAGUCACGUGUAUCAACAACCUCAUCACCAUGCUAAUACUGUAGAUACAAAAGUGGAAUUCUCGGGUUCGGAGUUAUCUCAAUUGAUCGUGGUUGAUAUAAUAGGCUCGUUGGAUAUGAUCAAGUUUUAUUCAAAUAUUUUAAACAUGAACAGGUCCACUCUUUUUGGGCCUUCUACUCCAACUUGUGUUUCUUCUCAAAUUAACAUUGAAAUCAAUGAUGAAUUCAACAAUAAACUUGUCGAUUAUUCCAAUAAUAUUCCUUCAAUGAUAAAAGAUCAAAACUUAAAUUUAAACUUGAAUUUAAAUUUAAAUUUAAACGAUCAUACUUUGGAAAAAUCAAACACAAAUAUCAACAGCGCUGUUAGUGCUAUAGAUAAUUUGUCCAAUGAUUUGUCAAACAAUUUGAAUUUACCACCUUAUAUCAACAACUUCCAAUUAUCACCUUCCCAAAGAUCUUCCAUUCAUCAACAUUCAAACAGAUUUUCGUUUACUGAUCCGUUUAAUAACAAAAAUAAUAACUCUAAUAAUAAUUCAAAUAUUCAUUCAAAUAACAAUUCUUCAUCAACAUCAAAUUCUAAUAAUAACAUCUCUAAUAUUAAUAAUAACAAUAACAAUAAUAACAUUCAUUUCACUCCGCAAAAAAUUUUAUUAAAUACUUCUAUACCCGCCCAUACACAAUCCCAACCAGAUUUGAUUAGCAAUAGCUUAACUACCCCAACUCUACCCGGCAAGAACAAUACCAACACGGCUACUACACCUGCAAAUGAUUUCAUUUGGAAUCCAAAGACUCCAGUUAUCAAUACAAACUCAAAUUCUUAUUUGAAUUCUUCUAUUUCUCAAGAACAUUUGUUAUUGAACAACAACAAUAACAAUAACAACAAUGCAAUGAACGAUUAUUCAAUUUCUCAAAAUUCAACUCCUCAGAAAUUAGUCAAUUCUUCUUCUUCCAAUAACUCUUCCAUUUCAAAUAUGAUAAACCCUACUCUAAGUACAAAUUCAAAUUCAAAUAGAAAUUAUAAUUAUAACUAUAGUUAUAAUUAUUUUUCAAAUCAAUCUAAUAACAACAGUAAUAGCAACAAUAGUAAUCCUGCUCCAAAUAAUAGUGGAAAUAUUAUGAAUAGUAUUCCAAAUGGUAAUGUUUAUAUACAUCAGCAUUUACCUAUCCCUCCACCUCCAUUAUCUCAGCAGCAACCUUCUAACCAUCAUCAUCAAAUUUACACUAAUCAGAAUAAUAAUAAUUCUUCAUCUGUAAUAUCACAAGCUGAUUUAUUAUUAUUAUCUAAAAUCCCACCUCCUUCUAAUCCUGCAGAUCAGAAUCCUCCUUGUAAUACUCUUUAUGUGGGUAAUUUACCUUUAGAUGCUACAGAAAUGGAAUUGAGACAAUUAUUUUCAAACCAACCUGGAUUUAAAAGGCUAUCUUUCCGUAAUAAGAAUAGUUCAAGCGUAUCUACUCCAACUUCUGCAAAUCCAAUGUCAUUAUCAUCAAACUCAAAUAAUAACAAUAAUAAUAAUAAUAAUAAUCAUGGCCCAAUGUGUUUUGUGGAAUUUGAAGAUAUUUCAUAUGCUACUAGAGCUUUAGCCGAAUUAUAUGGUAGUCAAUUACCAAGAAAUUUAGAUUAUAAUAAUAACCCUACAAAUGGUAUUUCAAAUAAUUCUAAGAAUGGUAUUAGGUUAAGUUUCUCUAAAAAUCCAUUGGGUGUAAGAAGUAAUAAGAGACAUAAUAAUAAUAAUCAGGCUAAUAAUAAUAGCAUGAAUAAUCUCAAUGUAAGUAUGAAUAAUAGUAUUAUGAAUAGUACUAAUAGUAGUAAUUUAACUUUAAUCAAUUCAAAUACUACCACCACUCCUACAACCGAACAUCAUACUUAUAGUUAUUUAACUGGCUACUCUCAAACUUAG